AAGAGUUUCACAUAUAAAAGCCAGCUUAAUGUGCACAUGAGAGUUCACACAGUAGAGACGUCUUACACAUGCCAUCAGUGCGGGAAAAGUUUCUCACAUGCAGGCCAUCUCAAGAAUCAUCUCCGUUGUCACUCUGGAGAAAGACCAUUUGAAUAUGCCAAGUGUCGUAAACCAUUUGUGUUGGAUUCAGUUCUAAAACAACAUCUGAAAACACUCACAAAUGAGAAGCCUUACAAGUGUUCUUCUUGUGAAAGUAGUUUUUCACACCUGUCCCAUUAUAAAGAUCAUCAGAAAAUACAUAACUGUGCCGGGGCCUAUAUGUGCUUUGAAUGUGGAAAGACUUAUAUGAAAGUCAACAACUUGAAACGGCACCAAAAAAUUCAUGCUGGACUGAAACCUUACAAGUGCUCAAACAGUGGAAAGAGUUUCGCUCAGUCAGAACACAUGAAAACAAACGAGAGAAUUCAUAUUGGAGAAAAACCUUACAAGUGCUCACACUGUGGAAUGAGUUUCAUUCAGUCACAGGACCUGAAAAAACACAAGAGAAUUCAUACUGGAGAAAAACCUUACAAGUGCUCACACUGUGGAAAGAGUUUCACUCAGUCACAAGACCUGAAAAAACAUGAGAGAAUUCAUACUGGAGAAAAACCUUACAAGUGCUCACAAUGUGGAAAGAGUUUCACUCAGUCAGAACACCUAAAAUCACACGAGAGAAUUCAUACUGGAGAAAAACCUUACAAGUGCUCACACUGUGAAAAGGGUUUUAAUCACUCUGAAAACCUGAAAACACAUGAGAGAAUUCAUACAGGAGAAAAACCUUACAAGUGCUUACACUGUGAAAAGAGUUUCAAUCAGUCAGAAAACCUGAAAACACAUGAGAGAAUCCAUACUGGAGAAAAACCUCACAAGUGCUCACACUGUGAAAAGAGUUUCAAUCAGUCACAAAACCUGAAAACACAUGAGAGGAUUCACACUGGAGAAAAACCUCAUAAGUGCGCACACUGUGAAAAGAGUUUCAAUCAGUCACAAAACCUGAAAACACAUGAGAGAAUUCAUACUGGAGAAAAACCUUACAAGUGCUCAACCUGUGGGAAGAGUUUCACUCGGUCACAAAACCUGAAAACACACGAGAGAAUUCACACUGGAGUAAAAAGUGUGCAUACUGUGAAAAGAGUUUCAGUCUCUCAGAAAGAAUACAUGAAAAUACCGUCUGCUGGCAGGUCUUCCCCGCCUUCCUGAAUCUGUGAGGCGAGAGGAGGAGGGAAACAACAAUAAUAAUUAAAAACAGUGGGUACUCACUUGUAACAGUAAAGGACAGCUAAAAAAAACACAGUAAAAUUUAAAAGAGAGGGAAAAAACAUAUACUUGUUGGUUCUCCGAUACGCCAUAGCUUGGUCCUUGGCCACUCCUCCACCCUCUAUUGGAUGACAGCCUUGCCUCCCCGGGCAGAUCAGAGGCAGUCCUCCGGCCCCUGGCGGAUGGGAUGCCCUGCUGUUUUUUUGGAAGAUGGUAGGGGUCUUCCCCGCCCCUGGCAGCGGUAACAGCUCCAGGCGGUUGGUUGGGAGCCCCUCGCGGUCAGCGGGAGUUUCUCUGUUUCCAGGCGGCUGGGCUCUUCUGUCCUCCUUUGGGGUGGAUGGUAGCAGAGAGAACUCCACUAAGGCACAUCCCUCCUCCUUACUAAGUUUUGGCACCAGUGUAAAGGGAUAAAUGGAAAGGUGGAGGCGAGAACCGGCUUGACAAUAUAAAUAAUAAUUUAAUGAAAAACUGAACCAAAAGACACAAACACACACAGGUGUCCGGCAGCUGCCCUUAAAUCUCUCUUUCUGUCGCAACGCCAUCUCCGGUCGGCUUUUAUCCAUUUACAUUUACAUUUAUGCAUUUGGCAGACACUUUUAUCCAAAGCGACUUACAGUGCACUUAUUACAGGGACAAUCCCCCUGGAGCAACCUGGAGUUAAGUGUCUUGCUCAAGGACACAAUGGUGGUGGCUGUGGGGUUCGAACCAACGACCUUCUGAUUACCAGUUUAUCAGUUAUGUGGUUUAGACCACUACACCACCACCACUUAUCCCUCUCAGAGGCUUGAUUAGCCUGAUAAGGGACCCGGUGUGUAGCAUCAUGACUUGGUCCCAUUGUUUGGUUGUUGAUCAUUGUUUAUGUUUCAGUUACUUUCUGAGGUGAAUGCAAUGCCAAGAUGUGAAUGUCUCAAGUCAUUUGGAUGAUGAAGUUUUGUUAAUUGGAUUAGGGCUGGUUGAUUCAGAGUCUUCACCCAUUGGAAAUUUUGUUUAACCUUGAAAACUUUGUCGAAAUCUGGAAGUACUGCCCCCUAAAUGCCUGUGAAAUACAAUGUAUGCCACUCUGAGUCCGACUUGAUGACUGCAUCAGAUAUAUGGAAUUUCCCCCAAAAGAGCAGCAUCAUCUAAGACAAUAACAAAGGACAUUUAAGAAAUUCCUUACAUGAUUUUUACAGUUAUUUUUGUUGGAAUGGGAUACAUUUUUGUUUUGAGUGGGCUAAAUUAUUUGUGAUGCCUUGAUCAAUCCGGCCAAUGAUCGGUAUUAGCCUAUAAUCACUUCCUAUGAUUUGUGUUGUCAUAAUUCAUGGUUCAUCAAACCGUUCAAAGUAAUAUUAUAGGGCCAGACCGCCAGUUAGUAUCA